ACCUUGUGUUUUUUGUAAGUUAGGUAACUUAUUUUUUUCUUGCACAAAUCUGGCCCAUUAAAAUUAAAAAUAGAACAUUACAGCCGUUGAUGAGAAUUAAAAAAAAACACGCUGAUGGGGAAAUCGGCUGUACCGGUUACGGCUAGCCGGCGAAAAACUCGCCGUCGAAAAUUUCGCCGACUGAUGAAUGCUACCGUACCGUGUUCCCAUGCCAAUUAGGAGUCGGUGAAUUUUGUUCUAUCCUAAAAUUAUGUUUUCCAAUCCACUAUUGAUUAAUCCGCCGGGAUCCCUCGUCUGCCGCCGCACCCACAGCCUCCCCCUUAUACGACGACACCCGGCACCCCACAGGACUGAUCGGAACCGUCGGUGCAGACAGGGAAACGACCUCUGCCGGAUCAUCGGCGGCGCCUCGGAAGCCAAGAUCGUAUCGACGGGGAACCCGUGGCGACUGUCCCACAGUUCGGCGACUGAGGACGGCGGAGGGGGGUUAGCGGCGCCCUGUGAGACCUGUUGUAGGUGUCGAUUGAGACCAACUGGACUUCAAACGCCGGAUUCUCCACCGCUGGCGGAUACGGCUUUGAAGUGCAACCCAUUGCAUACCCUCUAGCAAGGUACGUAUGUGUAUUAAUUGAUAGCUCCACCAAAUCCUUUUGACUGUUGUAUCUUUUUCUUGCUUUUGGAUGGCCCUUUUUGGGUGCAGUAAUACCCGUGAAGCUUAUGAUUUUGCUUAUGGUCUUGUAUACUUAGGGAGCAGUUUGGUUAUGCUCUUGUAAGUUCAUCCUUUGAUUUAUAUGAAAGUAAACAUUAGAAAACAAAUACAGCAACCAUGUCAGAUGAAUGAAGAGAGCUUUACUGGUCCAGUGUACCGUGGAGUGUUUUGUUCUUUCUACAUUGAGCUUUAAAGUAUUUUUUAAUUGAUAUUAGUUUCUACUCAAUAUAGCUUACAAAUGAGUAAGAUGAAUGAAGGUGUUUCUUUACAGGUUGAUGGUGAAAAGCAAACAAGAAAGAAAAGGGUAUUAAGCUU